AUGUUCCCGAGUCCCAUCAAGAGCUCUAAAGACUCCCCAGCGCCCUUCCCCCGAUGGGCUGUGUAUGAAGUGCUGAUUCCACAGACGCCACCGAAGCCCGAAGAGGAAGAGCAGAAGAAGAACUGCGCCGGUUGGUCUGGAUUCACAAUACCUCCUGUCGCCUUCAGCCGCGCCACCAAUUUGCAGGAUUUGAAGUCGCUAAACAUUCGCUAA